UCUAGCAUUGCUCUGCAUGAAGAAGGCUUGAUAUGUUCAUUUUACUUUGUUGGACGGUAGCAAUAAUAUUACAAUAAAGAGUUCAGGGUGAGUGUCGCAGGCUUUACCCUAUAUGUAGAUUGGAUUGAGAUCGAUACCAAAGAGCGCUUAGAGAGAACCAUGAUCGCCAGGGUCCUUCACGGCACCAGCGCCCUGCUUAUCACUAUCAAUCUGUGUUUGUCUGGAUCGCUUGGUGCAAUAUUACAAAACUGCCAACCAGAAGAUGGAAAAAUACAUGUCUAUGGCAAUACUGUAUACGUCCAGCCAGCGACUGACCCUGAGUCUCUAAGACUCAGGGUUGAUGAUGGAAUCCUUUACAAGAAACUGUUCAUUUUCAAAUCACCAUGCGAUAUAUCCUUCGAAGCGAUUUCUCUUCGGUACUACGGAACAUGCUCUGUAUCAGUGAGUUACGGAAGUGAUAACAGAGUUCUUGAAAUAAUUCAAUUUCCAGAUCCACUGACAACUCACUGGCAUUCUAGAAACGUUAGCCUGACGAAAUCUGCUUCUCAAUCGCUUCACAGUUUCAUGAAGAGAUCUAACACCAGCAAGUUACUGAUCACGAUUUCCCCAGGGAUAUCUCAUUGUCAAUUGUACCCAGUCGACCACAAUAGAGUAAAAGGACUGGUCAUCUUUGGACACGAUAUAAACGAAUGUGCCAAUGGCGCGUAUGCCUGUCGUGGAAUGGCUAAUCCUGGAAACAGAAAAUGUGUGAAUACUGUGGGGUCGUAUUACUGCCGAUGCCUGGACGGAUUUACAGGUUCUACAUGCAUAGACAUUGAUGAAUGUCAAAAUGGCAAACACAACUGCAACGAAAUGGUCAAUAGUGACAACAGACAAUGCCAGAAUUUGAACGGCUCAUACCAUUGUCCCUGUCUUCCUGGAUAUGCUGGGUCGCAAUGUGACGGUGGAUUCGUCUCCAUUGUGACCUUCGCCAUCUCCAUCAGUCUUGUGGUAGUCGUCUCUGGGCUCACGAUCUCAAUUCUGAUAGCUCAGCUGAAGAGAAAAUAUACGAAAGCAGCCCACAUGAGAGUUCAAACUGCUGCUUUACAGAACACGGUGGGAACAGCUGGCAGUAACGCCCUAUCCCUAACAGGGAAUGACGCCUAUGGGACAACGACGUCUGGAGUUCGACAAGAUCCUUCUCUGUAUGAUACUAUACAGUAAUCUCUAUGCAUCAUUGCUCAGAAGCAGAAGCUCUACAUGGAUCUUCACGUGCACUGAUAGCAUAGUGACGUUUGGUGUACAUUGUACAUGUGCAUGUGUAUUGUAACUAUGCUUGUAAAGUAUGAAUAUUUUUCAUACUUCAAAGUUCUUUUUGAAAACUAUUCAUACUUCCCAACAAUCAUUCUCACCCUUCUAUUCGGCAUGUUUUCUCAUAAUUUUGUAGAUCUUAACAUUAUGCAACAUGCAUACAAAACAACAUACAUGUAUGUCACUCUGAGCGUUGGGUCUUGUCGGUUUUAGCUAGCCGAACUAGUCUAGCUCUAAAACACAUGGUAUGUAGCCUCCUCCGGGAUUAUGCUCCUGCUUCGGCCACCCAAAGCCUAAUUGUCGCCAAUCCUGAGUAGCCAAUCUCCACUGAGCUACCCUAUUGCACCCUUCAUUUGACACUCUCCUUUCACUCCUAUUAUCUGUUUGAUUAUUCGCUAUUUUCUGCUGUGUUCCAAAAUUAGAUCCUCUCUUUCAUUCUAAAUCUUCCAUUUUCCCCCGUGCUUUUAUCCCCUCAUGCUGAUGCUUCCUCCCGAAUUUGGUGCGCCUGCCAUGUGAAGAUGCCGAGACCUCUGGUCGGUUGAGCAUGGCAAGCCCCACCAGCACCAUCUCACCCCAUGCUAGCCUCAUGUGCCUGCCAGUAAGUUGUGUAUUUAGUUAAACAAUAAAACAAUGUUUUGAGUGUGACCAGGUUCGAAACAUGAAAUCAAUACGUUUUUAACAGCCUGCACGACGCCUUCGUUUUUAAUUGUUUUUAUUCGGUCUGGUCUCCCUUUUAGAUAAUGUUAAUACAGUAUACAUGUAUAUGUAUUUGAUAUUAUUUGAAGUGUGUUCAUUUUAUAAAGGUAGUUCACGCCUCCUUUCGGGCUAUUUUAGCAGGUAAUAUUCACAAAGGAUUUGCAGCGAUAUGAAUUUCCACGAUAUCUUGUGGUCAUCAGGGUGCUAUUGCUUCAAGGGCUUACUGACCUUCUUGCCUCAUUUUUUCAUCUCUCUUAUAUCAUGCUUGCUGUGCUCUUCUAUUCUUGGUUGAAUCCACCCCUACCCGUAAUAGCUCCUCGUCCACACAAGCGCUCAACUGUAUCGAAUUUUGAAGUUUCAACUUCACUUUAGUCUGCUUUCCAUCAGAAAGAAUGAUGUUCUGGCACUCCCCUCGGGU